AUGAUUCUCCCUUCAGUUCAUUUUAUUGUUAAACAAUUUCAUAGCCAAUGGCGUUCAUCAUUAUUUCGUAGCAUAGCUGUUAUUAACCAACGAAAUUUAGCAACAUCGGCACAAGAAAACAAAACUUCGAAAUCUAAACAACAUAAUACUCUUGUUGAAUCAAAAACGGCAGAUACUCAUGGUGAAGUAGCGACAUUUACAGAAAAAGCUCAACAAGCUGCUAAAGAUACUGGCUAUUCUCUUGUUGUGGUUGCUGGUGUUGCAGCAUUGGGUGGCUUGUGUUAUUUAGUUUUACAUGAACUCUAUUCAAGAGAAACGCCGAAUGGAAUUUAUAAAGAAGCGUCGAAAAUGUGUUUAGCUAAUACUGACGUACAAGAUGCAUUAGGUACACCAAUUAUGGUUCAUACAACACCAAAAAUAGGUUCAACGCGAAUCAAUAAUGUUCGUGCUCAAAUGUUCGACAAAAAAGGUCAUCGAAGUAUGACACUUGCAUUUUAUUUAACGGGCAAAGAACGAUCUGGUGUUGUUGCUGUUACAGUACAAAAAAAUAUCUCAAAUAAAUUUGUCUAUGAUUAUAUUAUUGUACAACUUGAUCGACCAUGGCGUGGUCGAAAUAUAAUUCAAGUUCAUAAAAACCUUGAUCCAGCAAAAACAACACCUCAAGCACUCGAUAUUUGA